AUUUUUUUAAGGCAACACAUAACCUUUUUAUAAAGAAAAAUAACAGAGACUGUGCAUCUAGUGUGAAAUUAGUCGAAAUGAAUGCAAUAAAUGUAAUCAAACGAUCAAUAUCAACAUCGAGUCAACUGAACGGUAAAAAGAACUUCCGCAAAUUUUUGUUGUACAACAAACGGGGACCGCGAGUAUUUAAAGAGCAACAACGAAUUGAACCCCAUCCUGCAUGCCCAAUUGAUAAACGAGGUGUAAAAGACACUGGCCGGAAAAUUAACGGUGUCUUCCAGGACAUUCCCGAAAUGAUACCUCAGCUCAUCGUUCCGAAUUUGACUGGCUGCACAUUGAAGCCGUAUGUGUCGUACAAAACACCGGAUGUGAUACAGUCGGAAUUCACCUGCGACGAUUUGUUCAAUGCAGUUUACGGUAAGAAGAUCGUCGAAGAUUUUAAGAACGGAAAGUUAAAGGAAGAUGGGUCUCCGGCGGAACCAUCGGAGGAGGAAUUGUUGAAUGCAGAAACGGCUUUUCUAAGAGCACGACAAACGGGGACAGAUAUUUUUUUCGGUAAGAUCAAUGACCCACUUGCUUCGAGUGAAGAAUCCGCAAAAUCAACUGGUUGACGCUAAAACUGGCUUCAAUAGAGCACGACAAACGGGAUCAGACGUUUUUUUUGAACCGACUAAUGUGAAUGAAAUCGAAUUAUAGUUUGCUUUAUUUAUCGAAAA